UAGGGGGCUUGCGUGACGAAUUUAGAACUCUCAACUCUGUACAUCAGUAGAUAAAGUAGACACUCAAAUCGUGAAACUGACACUGACACGACAAGGAUGAUCCGUUCGUCGUCUAAUUCGGCUUCUGGCCUACUUCGACCUUGCCCAAAAAGCUUUUCAUCAAAGCAUCGUGCGCAGUACAUCCGUACAUUGGCACAAGCGGCAAUUUCACCUACAUCCGAUGCCCAUGAUUUGGACCCGCGAGCAAUCGCAGAUAUUCAUCCAGCACCUUUUUUUGAUGGGGGAAAUCGUCUUCCAUGUGGUCGUGCAGAAGCUGAAGUUGCAACAACAUCUUCUAGUACACUAGGGCGUACACAUUAUAGCAGUUUCAGCGCUAAAAGGAUAUUUUUAGAUUCCAAUUCGUGCAGUACCGGCAGUUGUAGUAGUACUAGCAGAAUAACAAAAAUCGUUGGAGAUGCAGCUGAGGAAUCAAUCGUGGUCCCUAGAAAUCCAGGCGUUUCCUCCAAACGUGAGUCCUGCUUAGGAACCUCCUCAAGGUCAUCUUCCGAAGAUGUGGAGAAAUUGAAGGGAGAAGUGCAAACUUUGUUCGGGAACCUACGGGCGCAAACGGUAGGUCGAAUAGAGGAGUUCGCGGCCGUGCAGCUUUUUUCCUUGGCGUGGGCAUUUUCUGUCGCUCGGGCUCUGGACUCCUGUCUUUAUCAACAACUUCGCAAGCGCGCGACGGCUCUGGCACUGCAGCUUGACAGAAAACACCUAUUUCUUAAUAGAACGACUUCGCAAGAACGAGAACGACCUAGAAGUAAGCCUUCUUCGACGCCUGUUUCACUUCAACUUCAACAAGAAGAUCAUGAGAACAAUAGCAAGAUGGAAAGGCAAGAGUUUUGUUUGUCUUCAUCAGAUCUUCUUGAACAGCAAAACAAUGCUAGGCCAGGUAAAUCAACAAUCUCUGUGGAAGCUCAUACAACUUCUGAAAGUACAACUAGUGGUGUAGAAAUGAUGAGGGCGCAAUACCAAGAGCUGUGGCAGAAAGCUCAAUUAAGAGAGUGGAACCGCGACCACGAAAACAUGCUUAUAGUCGCGGAGAAUGAGCACUGGUGUGUUUUGAAUAAGACAGUGCGUUGGGUCGUAAAUCAACAAGGCGAUGGUAGUUUUAAGAGCAACAUUCAUACUCAGACAACAUCUUCAUCCUGAAUUCAAUUGUCAUUCUUUUGCUUACUUUUCUUCCUGUUUGAAAAGAUAAAGAUGCAGUAAAGUUCUACUUUGGUCUUUCUACCGGUUGUUCCUUUUUUUUACUUCUCCCUUGUUGAAAUAGAACAGCAAGCCGAAGAAAAGGAUAUUGUUGCGACCCAAUAGUACGCUAUUGAGGUACCUGCUCUAAUUGUCCAAUUCGUGACAGUGAUGACGACGAUGCAGCCGCUGGAGAGAGCGCGUCGUCGUCCUCGUCAGGUUUCAGCAAGUCUCCUAGCGUCCACGACUGGGUGCGAUGCCGAUACGGAAGAACAUACCCCAUUUGCGCUCAGGCAGAGUCGUCUUACGGCAUUUUGCACCGCUUAGACCUCGAAACGAGUGGCGCGCUUCUCUGCGCAAAGACUUGGCUAGGCUAUUACCAGCUCCGCCUUCAGUGGUCCGCCUCAAGAGUGCAGAAGGAAUACCUCCUUCUCUGUCACGGGCAUGUGCCGCGGACGGUGACUGAGUGCCGCGGUCGGAUCAAGGUGACGAAGCGCAUCGUUUAAGGUCUCCGGCUUUUAGAUUCAGUAGAUUUAGUCUCUGUCCCUGCAUUUGAUGGACCACUCUAUGCUAACACCUGCUAUGCUGUCCGUUGAGUCAGGAUUUGAUGCCACUUUUACAGCAAUCAGCGGUAAGAUUUUUAUGUAGGCAAAAGUAAUCUGACUUUUGAUUAUACUUGAUAGUAUAUCGGUCGGUCUUAUUGCUCUUCUAUUUAGAAGGUACAACAUGACUGAAUGACCUCACAUCCACUUGGCCACGUGGUAAACGAGGGCACAUGACAUGACAUCUAAGCUGUGAAUGGAAAAAAGACGUGUGUUGCCGCUUUGGCACCAACAGGAAAGCCGGCUAAAACCGGAGUCCAUGUGCUCGCUCACCUCCUCUUGCCACCGCCGGGGACAGUAGCGGCACAGCCAUUGCCUCGAAGUCGGUCGAGAACACUAUGUGAGAGAACAGCAUCUUCUUCGAGCGGCGAUGUUGAGGGCCUUGGCCUUGCAGAUGGGCAGCUUUCACCCCCAGGAGACCUGGAAGAGCAGGAGCCUACACAAAUUUUUACGCGGUCAGUGCUCGACCCGUUGUCCGGGCGACGGGUCGUGAUUUCUGAAAAGUAUUGUCCAGGCGCGUACAACGGGGUUGAGGUGGAGGGACACAACUUGCCUGUUACUUUAGUUCGUUGCAGGCUUUUUACCGGCCGCACACAUCAAUUGCGUGUACAUUUUGCGCAGGAGUUGGGGCAUCCCAUCUUUGGCGACAAGAAGUAUGAUCGCAAUGCGGAGAGGCGACAGCUGGACGCGCAAUACUUCCGAGACGUCCUGGCUUCUGACGAACAACAACAUCAAGAAGAGGAACAUGCGACAACUUCCGCAUCUUGUAGUUCAAAAUCAGGAGAAUGGGUAGGAGCGCACAAUCAUGAUGAUCAAAACGAAGUAGAAGAUGCUCGUACAAUUACAAGUAGAUCAAGUAGAAGAUCAUCAGGAGAUAAGAUGAAACAGUCGCAAGAGCAAAGGAUCGCCGAAGAUGCAUGCCGACGACAUGUGCAGAAGUUUGGGCGGCUGUUCUUGCACACGCACAGGCUGGAAUUCGAUGCCAUCGGGUCCGAGGACCGACGGGAGCGGGUCUUUGUGCCGCUCUCGGAAGAACUGCGCACCCUUCUCAGCGCAACACGUCCGGUUGACGCUCAGAGCUCCUCAGCGCUGACGGAGUGGCUCGCCUGAUAGAUACCAGCUUUGAUACAAGGUUCUGGAUUAUAUAAUUUGUUGAUGCACGACUUCCAGUGCCAACAUAAUGGCCAUUGUUCCUUGUCUCGUUUCCUUUUGACACAGCGCAUGAUCGCACACACAUCUAACGAGUGACGCAUUUAUUUUGAUGGUAAUCAAUCGUGGGAAAGGUAGAACAAUCCCAGGUGAUAUAUAGCUAACAGAAUUUCCUACUGAUUGACUUGCUCGAAGGCACCCGAUGAAGGUACCAAGGAUGGAUUGAUGAAGAUCGAGCACACCCUUUGCUCACCGCUCUUCGUGAACGAACAACAAUAAUCUUAAAUUCUUG